AUGGGUGUAGCACUUAAUGCUUUGUGGUUGUUGGCCGUGAGCUCUGCAGCUUCGGCCAAGGUAUUUGAUCCUUUGCAGCACCUAGGUGCCAAUUCUCCAUGGUUCGCUGGUCCCAAUGUAAACAAGAUAGAUUCUACUGUUCCUGAGGGAUGCUCUGUGGAUCAGGCUAUCUACAUUGUUCGUCAUGGCAGCAGAUAUCCUGAUCCCGGGGCGUACCAGGAAUGGAAAUCCCUUCACAAAACCUUCCAAUCUGCCGAGUUUCGCGCUACCGGAUCGCUGAGCUUUCUCUCCGACUGGAGUCCGAUCUUGAGGUACCCUGACCAAGAAAUCAGUCAGGUGUCGAUUACAGGAUAUAAGGAACUAUACAACCUUGGUGCAGACUUACGGUUGCGGUAUCCGACUUUCUACAAGGACAACACUCCUUUCUUGCUGUGGGCGAACGAUUAUCAACGGACGAUCGAUUCUGCGAGGCUCUACGCUCGUGGCUAUCUAGGGCCAAAUGCUUCUUACGGUGACGUCUAUGUUGUGGAUGCUGAUGCCUCGAGUGCUGUCGGUAACUCCCUGGCUACCUCCGACCAGUGUCCCAACUUCAAGGAUGCUAGCGGAGGGGACUCCAUAUCCGAGUGGCAGAAGAUCUAUCUGCCUCCCAUUACCAAGCGUCUCAACCGAAAGCUUUCGGGUAAUCUCACCCUCACCGAUGACCAGGUCGCUCUGUUUCCCUACCUGUGCGGCUUCGAGACGCAGAUCACCGGCCAGGUCAGUCCCUGGUGUGAUGUGUUCACUAAGAAAGAGAUCCUGGAGUAUGAAUACGCUCAGGACCUGCGCUACUACUACGGCACAGGGCCCGGAGUGGGAAAGAACAUGACUGUUAUGCUCCCCGUGCUUCAAGGCGUAGUCAACCUGCUCAAGGAGGGACCGUCCGCCACUGCCGAAAAGGCCAAUAGUACUCUGCAAUUGCCUCCGCUGAUCGUGGCCUUCACCCAUGACAAUCAGCUUAACGAACUGGCUUCUCUGCUGGGAUUUUUCGAUGGCCAGAAACCGCUCGCAUCGAAAAAGAUGGAUCAUGAUAGGAUCUAUGUGAGCAGCAAUGUUAACCCCAUGCGUGGAACUAUCGCCUUCGAGCGUCUCAGCUGCAAGCCUGACCAGGAAAAUUCAAUUCAUGUCCGGAUCUUGCUCAAUGAUGCCGUUUACCCCAUCCCAUCGUGCCGCUCCGGACCGGGCAGCAGCUGUCCAGUGGACCAUUACGCCCAGUACGUGGGCGAGAAAAGGAAGGCGUAUGGAUCCUUCGCCUCAGUGUGCGGUCUACCCGAGAAGAACAUCACCACCACCGGGACAGACGGAUCAGUGACGUUCUUCAGGGACCUCACCCUCCCCUUCCUGCGUGUGGUCAAGCCUUGA